AUGUCAGGAUUGACCGCAAAGGAGAAAAAUGAUACUCUGGUUGAUGUUCAGGAUAACUCAAACUUGGUUUCGAAUUGUCUUGUUGUGAAAGCCGUGCCAAAGCCUGGAAAAGAUGCUGAUAAAGAAAGUCCAUUGCCAAAGCUCAAACAAAUUUUCGACCCUACAAAUGCUGAUUUGAGGAAAAAGGCUGCAAUAGAUGAAAUUCAAAUGAAGGACAACAAUAGCGGUGAGCAACAACAGCUAGUAGUUUUUGAAUCGAUUUUGCAUGAAAAUGCGAUUAUGGAGAGUGCUAGUGAGCAUAUGCGCAAAGAAUGUAAUCCAGAUAAGGGCUUACUAGCAGAUGUAGAGGCAUGCAUGCCGGAAAAAGUAGAUGCGAAAAAGCAACGAAUAAUAGAAAACAUGGAGAAUUUUUAA